CCCCAUCCCCGCCAUUGUACGAAAAAGGGGAAACAAAUUUCCGAAAUUCUCCCUGUCAUUUGGUACACACUCAUCCAGUAUCAGUUAUUUGCAGAGACGAACGACGAUAGCCAAAACCCUAGUGAGUUGAAUUUCGUGGAGGAAAAAACAGAAAAAUGCCGAGGGAAAUCAUUACGCUGCAAGUGGGGCAAUGCGGGAAUCAGAUCGGGAUGGAGUUCUGGAAGCAGCUCUGCCUCGAGCACGGCAUCAGCAAAGAUGGCAUUCUCGAGGAUUUUGCCACUCAGGGAGGUGACAGAAAAGAUGUGUUCUUCUAUCAAGCAGACGAUCAGCAUUAUAUACCACGAGCUUUACUUAUGGAUUUGGAGCCUAGGGUGAUAAAUGGUAUACAGAACAGUGAAUACAGAAACCUCUACAAUCACGAAAAUGUAUUUAUUGCGGAUCAUGGGGGGGGUGCUGGUAACAAUUGGGCAAGUGGAUACCAUCAGGGUCAACAAUAUGAGGAGGAUCUAAUUGACAUGAUCGAUAGAGAGGCAGAUGGCAGCGAUAGUCUCGAAGGUUUUGUUUUGUGCCACUCGAUUGCUGGAGGAACAGGCUCAGGCAUGGGAUCGUAUCUUUUGGAGACUCUGAAUGACCGAUAUAGCAAAAAACUUGUUCAGACUUACAGUGUGUUUCCCAAUCAAAACGAAACAAGUGAUGUUGUGGUCCAGCCAUACAACUCUCUUCUAACACUCAAACGUCUGACACUGAAUGCUGAUUGCGUGGUUGUUCUUGAUAAUACUGCACUUAACAGAAUUGCUGUAGAGCGGCUUCACAUAACGACUCCCACUUUUGCCCAAACAAAUUCUCUUGUUUCUACUGUCAUGUCAGCAAGCACAACCACCUUACGGUAUCCAGGAUAUAUGAACAAUGAUUUGGUUGGUCUACUCGCUUCUUUGAUCCCUACUCCCCGGUGCCACUUUCUAAUGACAGGAUACACACCCCUUACUGUGGAGCGCCAGACCAAAAAUAUUAUGGUUUCCUCUUGUGCCCGAACCAAGGAAGCCAGCCAAUCUAAGUACAUAUCGAUAUUGAACAUUAUUCAAGGAGAAGUGGAUCCUACUCAGGUUGCUUUGUCUAGAAAGUCUCCUUAUGUUCAGACAGCCCACAGGGUUAGUGGUCUCAUGCUAGCCAGUCACACUGGCAUCCGCCACUUAUUCUCCAAGUGUUUAAGCCAGUAUGACAAGUUGAGAAAAAGACAAGCUUUCCUGGACAAUUACAGGAAUCACCCAAUGUUUGCUGACAAUGAUCUUUCUGAAUUCGAUGAAUCAAGAGACAUCAUUGAGAGUCUUGUCGACGAGUACAAGGCUUGUGAGUCCCCCGAUUAUAUCAAGUGGGGAAUAGAGGAUCCCGACCAAAUCCUAUCUGGUGAAGGAAGUGCUUCUGGUACAGUGGACCCCAAAUUAUCCUUGUAACUUAAUUCGUUGUGCUUAUAAUAUAAUUAACCUAUUUGAUUGGUGUCUCGAUGAAAUCCUUUCAUUUUUUUCUUUUUAUUUUCCUUCCUUUUGUUUUGCUCUCUACCUCUUUCUCUGGUUUUUAUGCAUUUAACUUUGCGGCACAUUCCAGUCUGUGGCAUGUAAAUUUGCCUUGGUUUGUACAAACGAUUUCAGUUCGCCUCGUUUUCGUUUUGGGGUGUGAAAUGAUUUUUAUUGGGUUAUGGUUUUGUGCGAAUGUAUCAUUCAACAUGUUGCUGCAGAAAGACAUUGUUUUCAACUAUUUUUUAUAUUUCUUCGUAAUCUGUUCUACUUGUGGUAUUUGUUUGAAUUUAUAAUUUGCAAAUGAGGUCUUUCCAUG